AUGGGGGUUAAAGCUGGAGGUACGCGCAUGGAACGGCUUGUUUUAUUAUUGGAUACAGGAUCAACACAAAUAAUACGACAAACGGCAGCGCAACAACUUGCAGCAAUACAAAAAGAUCAUCCACAUGAAUUGUACAAUAUUCUUGAAAAGGUUAUUCCAUAUAUAAGAUCUAAGUCAUGGGAAACUCGUAUGGCUGCAGUUUUAGCACUUAGUUCUGUUAUAAAACAAGUUCCUUUUUGGGAUCCUGAUAUUGAAAGUAUAAAACAUGAGGAAGAGGAAUCAAAGUCAUUUUUUGAAAAAGAUGAAAAUAUAAGUGUUUUGAAAAAUAAUCCAGAUGAUAUUUUUAAUUUUGAAACGUUCGAUAUAUCUUUUGUUAUUAAAAAUGGACAAAAACUUCUUGGAAGUGAUGGAAAGGAAUACGAUUUUGAUUCUUGUGAUAUUUUUUCUGAAGAAAAUUUGGCUUUUCAAAAGAAAAGUUUUCUUUCUAGACUCGGAUUUGGAGAAUACAUUGAUGAAAAUAUAAUUACUGUUUCUGAUUUUACUCCGCCUGCAAAUGACGUUGUUCUUAAACAACCUGAUGAUAAUUUUGCUUCAUCUUUAAUGAAUAAUACUACUCUUAGUGCUAGACAAAGGAAUGCUAUGAAAAGGAAAGCCAAAAAUAGUGCAAAAAAUACUAGGAUGAAUAAGUUAUUUUUUUUUAUUUUCAGUAUAUUUAAAUUAACGAUCUAUAGAAUGUGUAUAACUAGUACACCUGUUAGUAUUAAAAAUGAUGUGCCUGAAGAUUCUAUUUUUUCUGUAAUGUCAAGUGUUAAACAAGAGGAUUCCCCUGAAUCUGCUUCAUCUAAUUUGCAAUCACAGACAUCAUGUAUUGUUGAACAUAAACCAUCAUCUAUAAAAAAUUCAGCUGAAAAUUUAGAGUGGCCAUUUAAAAAAAUUAGUGAGUUAUUGAAACUAGAUCUUUUCCAUCCUUGUUGGGAAAUACGUCAUGGAGCAGCAAUGGGUUUACGAGAAAUUAUUAAGAUUCAUGGAAAGGGAGCAGGUCGUAUUAUAGGAUUGUCAAAAGUUGAAAAUAAUAAAAGAAAUAAAAUAUGGCUUGAAGAUGUUGCUUGUAAAUUGACAUGUAUUUUUGCUUUGGAUCAUUUUGGUGAUUAUAUAUCUGAUCAAGUAGUUGCGCCUAUUAGAGAGUCUGUUUCACAAACACUUGGUGCUUUACUUGUACAUGUAGACUCUGAAUCUGUUCAGGAAGUAUAUAGGAUACUUUAUCGUUUAGUGUUCCAGCAAGAUAUGAACAUUGAAAGUCGAGUUUGGGAAAUUGUGCACGGAGGAAUGCUUGGAUUGAAGUAUCUUGUUGCAGUGCGCAGAGAUGUCGUUUUUGAAUCGAAUGAAAUGUUCAAUGGUAUUAUUCAAGCUGUUUUUUAUGGGCUAAAGAAUUAUGAUGAUGAUGUCAGAUCUGUUUCUGCUGCUAUUCUUUCUCCAAUUGCUUCUGAAUUUGUUGAAAAUAGACUUGACGCAGUAAAUGAUUUAAUGAAUACUUUGUGGGUAUGUCUUUCUGAUCUUCGAGAUGAUCUAAGUACAAGUACUGUUAAUAUUAUGGAUUUGCUUUCUAAGUUAUGUUCAUCUCCAAAGGUUAUUGAUGUUAUGAAAAAUAAUGCAGUUUUGGAUGAAAGUCAUUCGUUUUCUUUUCUUGUACCUAAAUUGUUUCCAUUUUUACGGCAUACAAUUACAGAUGUCCGAAAAGCAGUUAUUAAAGCUCUUCAAAAGUUCAGUAAUUUUGAAAAUGAUGAAUUCAAGAGUUGGAUAGAUGGGAAAGCUUUAAGACUUAUUUUUCAGAAUAUGUUGGUUGAACAAAAUACUGAAAUUCUUAAUUCUACUUUAGACUUAUGGAAUAUGGUUGUUUCAUCGAUAAAAUCUGACUCCAGUCUCCGAUUUUAUACAGAAUAUUCAUCUCAUUUAUUGCCUAGUAUUGAACUUUUAAUGACACCAAUAGGAACACCACGUCAUCCAUACCCUAUGAAAGUUCCAUUUUUAGAUCCAUUUGGAAAUUUAAAUAUAUUAACAAGUCCUGUAGAAGAUACUAUAAAUUCAAAUACAAAACUAAGCAAAAAACAGAGAAAUAAAAAACAAGAUCAUUAUGUUUUUCAUAAUAUUGAUAAACCUAUGAUACAAGGCGAUAUAGAUCUUCUUGGCACUGAGGUUAUUUUUGAAUCGAGAGUAACAUCUGCUAAAGCCUUAGGAUUUUUAAUUGCUAGGUUUCCAGAAGAUAAAAUAGACGAAAUCAUAAUUUACUUGUUAAAAUAUUUCUUAUCUCCUUUUUCAACUCCACGAUUUUUAACAGCUAUAGUAUUUCAAAGUUUUUGUACAAAUAUCGGAGAUAAGCCUUCUUUUUUAACAUUUGUUCAAAAGCACUUUAUAGAUAUUCUCAAUGGUCAAUUACCUGGCAUGUUUGCAAAUCUUGUACCAUAUAUGAAAAUUCUUCGGAGUCAAUGUUAUGCUUUGUGUAAUACUUUUAUUGAGAAUGGUAACUUAGAAGCGUCAGAUAUUCCACAUAUUCCUAUGGUUGUUCAAGGCGAGAUUAAUGCUGGUUCAGACGCAUUUAGUUUAAAAGAUGCAGAGAGAAUUGUUGAUGAUGAUUUUAAUAGGCUACAAAAUAUGAUUUUGCCUAUAUAUAAAGCUCAUGCAUAUAAGAAUCUUGUAGAGGCUCAGAAGAAUGUUAAAAAUGCUAUUAAAGUUGCUAAGAAUGCAAAGUUUUUAAGCGAUGUUCAAAUUAUGGCGGCAGUAGCAUGCACACUUGUGUCUACCAAAGAGUUACCUAAAAAACUAAAUCCUAUUAUUAGGGCAAUUAUGGAUAGUAUUAAGAAUGAAGAGAGUUUAAUAUUACAGACACAUUCUGCGAAAUCAUUAACUGAUUUGAUUGAUUUAUGUGCAUUUUCGCAUCCAGGAGCUAUAGAUAAACUUAUUAAUAAUUUAUGUACAUUUCUUUGUCUUGAUACAUCUGAAAUACCCGAAUUUUACUGUAAUAAAACUCUUCAAAAAUGCAUUUUAUCAUUAAAGAAAGAUCAAGAAGAUCAAUGUUCAAAAGAUAUUUCUUAUGAACAAAAUUCAAAAGAAAUUCAUAUUAAAAAAAAUGGAGCAAAAUUGGUUUUAAUUAAUAUAGCUAAAACUUUUGGUAAAAAUUUGUUUGAAAAAAUACCAAGAUUAUAUGCUUGUAUUUUUAAGUCUAUAGAACAUGUAUUUAAAGAAGAUUCUUGUUUUAAAAAUGUUGAACAAAAUCCUGCCCUUGGACAAAAUAUUAUAGAUGGGUUGUCAAUUUUAAGGGUUCUAGUUUCACAUUUCAAUGAAUCGUUAUAUCCUUUGGUUAUUGAGCAUUUUGGGAUUAUACUUAAAGCUCUGGAAUGUGAAUUUUCUGUUGUGCGUUAUGCUGCGGCAAAAUGUCUUGCAACUAUUUGUAGUGUAAUUACUGUUGAAGCAAUGAAUGAAGUUAUUUUUCAUGUUCUGCCUCUUUUAAAGGAUGCAGAUAAUGUAAUAAGAAGACAAGGUGCUGUGGAAUUAAUAUAUCAUCUUGUUCAAGUUAUGGGAGAAAACAUGUUGCCAUAUGUCGUAUUUUUUAUAAUUCCAAUAUUAGGUCGUAUGAAUGAUUCAGAUAAUGACAUUAGGGUCUUUUCAACAACAACUUUUGCAGCUUUAGUUAAACUUGUUCCAUUAGAGUCUGGAAUACCUGAUCCACCUGGAAUCUCUGAUGUACUUUUAAAAAAUCGUGAUUCUGAACGAAAAUUUAUAUCGCAAAUUUUGGAUGGCAGUAAAUUUGAGUCUUUUUCUAUUCCUGCAUGCAUUAAAGCUAAUUUGAGAAAAUAUCAACAAGAGGGUGUUAAUUGGUUGGCUUUUUUAAAUAGAUAUCAAUUACAUGGUAUUCUCUGUGAUGAUAUGGGUCUCGGAAAAACAUUGCAAUCAAUUUGCAUUAUAGCUAGUGACCAUUUUUCAAAAAGUCAGGAGCAUGAGUCUGAAUUUAAAGAAUUUCAACCCAUUCCUUCUUUGAUUAUCUGUCCUCCUACUUUAUCGAGGCAUUGGCAACAUGAGUUUUCAACUUAUGCGCCAUUCAUGAAAACUCUUAUUUAUGGUGGAAGUCCUUCUGAACGUAUAAAACUUAGAGAUUCUUUUGAAGAAUAUGAUGUUGUUAUUACUUCAUAUGAUAUUUGUCGUAAUGAUAGUGAAGAAUUUUCUAAAAGAAAUUGGAAUUAUUGUGUUUUGGAUGAAGGGCAUAUUAUAAAAAAUGCAAAGGCAAAACUUACUAAAGCAAUUAAACUUAUUAAGGCUAAUUACCGGUUAAUUUUAUCAGGAACACCUAUACAAAAUAAUAUUUUGGAGCUUUGGUCUUUGUUUGACUUUCUUAUGCCAGGUUUUUUAGGUACGCAGAAAAGUUUUCAUGAAAGAUUUGUAAAACCUAUAACUGCUAGUCGUGACAGCAAAGUUUCUUCUCGAGAACAAGAAGCAGGUGCUCUUGCUCUUGAAGCUUUACAUAAACAAGUCCUUCCAUUUCUUUUAAGGCGAUUGAAAGAAGAUGUACUUGAUGAUUUGCCUCCUAAAAUUAUACAAGAUUAUUAUUGUGAUUUAAGUCCAAUUCAGAAGCAGCUGUAUGAGGAUUUCGCUAAAACACAAAUAUCAGAAGUUAUAAAACGUUUUAAAGGAGAAAAGAUAGAAAAGAAAUCACAUAUUUUUCAAGCACUUCAAUAUAUGAGAAAAUUGUGUAAUUCCCCUGCAUUGGUUUUAAAUAAAAAACACCCUCAAUAUGAGAAAAUUAAUAUAGAGUUACAAAAACAGAAUUCAAAUAUCUAUGAUAUUGAGCAUUCACCAAAACUAAUGGCUCUCCGGAAUUUACUUUUAGAUUGCGGAAUAUGUCUAAAUGAUGAUACCUUGGGUAUACAAGCUAAUCAACAUCGUGCCCUUAUUUUUUGUCAACUUAAAGAUAUGUUGGAUAUGAUUGAAAAUCAAGUAUUUAAAAAAUUACUUCCUAAUGUAUUGUAUUUGAGACUUGAUGGUGAUACGGAUGCUAAACAAAGAUAUGAAAUCGCUCAUAAGUUUAAUUCAGAUUUUUCAAUAGAUGUUUUAUUGCUUACUACUCAUGUUGGUGGUUUAGGACUUAAUUUAACGGGCGCUGAUACAGUAAUAUUUGUAGAGCAUGAUUGGAAUCCGAUGAAGGAUCUUCAAGCAAUGGAUAGAGCUCAUCGAAUUGGGCAAAAGAAUGUUGUUAAUGUAUAUCGUUUAGUGACAAAGGGAACUUUAGAAGAAAAGAUUAUGAGUUUGCAAAGAUUCAAAUUAAAUAUAGCAUCUUCUAUAAUUAAUCAACAAAAUUUUGGUUUAUCUACUAUGGAUACUAGUCAAAUACUUGAUCUUUUUAGUACAAUUCAGGAUGAACAAUCUUCAGAUGUUCAGAAUUCUAGUAAAAUGGAUAUACUAGAUAGUGAAGGUAAUUUAUUACAAAAAAAUCAUAAAAAUGUUCUCGAAAAUUUGGACAAUCUUUGGGAUUCACUACAAUACGAGGAAUCAUAUGAUUUGGAUGAAUUUAUAUCAUCAUUGCCUUCUAUUGAUAAAUAA